AUGCCGGACCGUCUGUCGCGUCUAAAGGCGAAGCUGCUGCGGCGAUCAUCGACACCCGCGGUUCCUAAAGUGGGCGACGGGGCGGACCCGUGUGUCCACCCCAACCCAACUUCUCGCACCUCCUACGCUUCGCAUCUCUUUGAAUCAGAUAGCGAAAAAUCCCCUGCGUACAGCAUCGUCUCUUCCCCAGCCGAUCAAUCCUCUGACGAGAUCUGCCCUGCGCCCGACUGGCACGAGCCCCAGCAUCCCGACCGAGAGGCAAGGAGACACCAGCCUCAUCCGUCUCUACGAUCACAGCCACAGUGCCAGCAUCCUUCCGUGCCAGAGCACCGUGCUUAUACGCCACCUUCGACCGAGCCCAACACUUCGCCGCUGUACACUCCCCUCACCGGCGACCCUCUAUUCCCCCUCGAAACCCCUCCGCUUCCGACUCCUCAGCAUUCCGACGACACCUCGUUCCAGUCUGCGCAUGGCAAAGCUCGAGGCACCCCGGCGGAGAAUCCAUUGACCCCGAGCCUUGAUACUGUCGUCGAGCGGCCCGCAUACGAUCGUCCGCCACCUUCUUCUUUCUUCCCUCCCCCUUCGAGCAAGCGUCCCAGUCUUGCUUCACGUCGGCAGUCUCUUUUCCCGGUGUCCCACCAGCACUUGAUCAGCGGGCUGCUGGAGCCCAGCCGCUUCUCUUCGCACGGCGACCCAGCCAGUGAACGUGCCCCCACGUUCGAAAUGGUCCAUCGUCGGGUUUGGGUCAAACGCCCCGGUGGCUCGGCCACCCUGGUGCCGUGUUUGGAGGAUGCGGUUGUGGAUGAGCUGCGCGACCAGGUGAUCACGAAAUAUGCCAAUUCGUUAGGUAGUCGCUUCGAUUCUCCGGAUAUUGUGAUUCGGAUCGCCCCACGCGAGGGUUCGAAUCGACAGGCACACCCCGAUCGCCUCUUGAGCCCGGAGGAAAUGUUGUCGUCUGUUCUGGACACUUACUACCCUGGGGGGCAAACUGUUGAAGAAGCGUUGAUGAUUGAAGCUCCCACGCGCCGGACUCCCAAGCCGUCGCCACGCCAUUCUGUCUAUCAUCAUCACCAUCCGGGGCCGGGCGAGCACGGCGAGUAUUUCCCUCUCAUGCCCGUGAACCCGAACGCACCUACACCUCCAACACACAACUCCAAUUCGGGAUCUGCAACGAAUGCACCCUCAAUUUCGAUUCUCACCACCGGCGUGGCGCCUCCACUGCCAUCUCCAGGAAACCGUGCAUCACGACAUCACCCCCGGCCUCCGCUCGCAAGACAUACGGCCAGUUCGCCAACGAUGCUUGCCCAACCUCCUGGAACCACAGAAUCUGGUAUCUCCCCUCACAACCAACCUCCCGCGACGGCUCCGGCGCCGACGGUCCCUACACCACCUGCCCCGGCAGCAGAGUCUCCACAUGCCAAGGCACACACCCCACCGGCGCCAGUGGCAUCUCCACGCGCCCACCGAAAAUCCAAGGGUUCCUCGUCACCCGGAGCGGUAUUUGGCGGGUUGAUUGACGGUACUGUACCGCCAAUCAAUGUUCUCAUCGUGGAAGACAACAUCAUCAACCAAAAACUGCUGGAAGCGUUCAUGAAGAGACUCAGUGUGCGCUGGAAAUGCGCCGCAAAUGGCGAAGAAGCGGUCCGCAAAUGGCGGCAAGGUGGCUUCCAUCUGGUCUUGAUGGACAUCCAACUGCCAGUCAUGAAUGGAUUGGACGCCACCAAGGAGAUUCGCCGACUGGAGCGGUUGAAUGGAAUUGGUGUCUUCCCAAAAACCGCCUCUGGUCGCACGAGUGCGUCUAAAACCACUGCCACGUCCCAGCUAGAGAAAAGGCCUGGUUUCUAUCGCACCGUCAGCGAAGAGGAUACCUUGACAGAUCUGUCACUAUUCCGCAGUCCGGUAAUUAUUGUCGCGUUGACGGCCAGCAGCUUACAAAGUGACCGUCAUGAGGCCCUGGCUGCUGGCUGCAACGAUUUCUUGACCAAGCCGGUGGGAUUCCCCUGGCUUGAGCAAAAAGUAACGGAAUGGGGAUGUAUGCAAGCAUUGAUCGACUUUGAGGGUUGGCGUAAAUGGCGUGGCUUUAUGGACACCCCCCAGCCCACCCCUCCCUCGAUCAACAAUACGACCAGCCCGAUGCAAUGUGGCAAUCGCAAUGAAUUCGAGGCUCAGACGGAACCCGCAUCGCCCUCCAGUUCCCGCACAACGGCUAAACCAGAAAAGCCCAACGGCGCGCGGCCUGCUCUCCCUAAUGCCGCGGAGAUCCUGCGCGAAGACUCCUGGGGCAGUGGCAGCGGUGAUACCGCAGACUCACCGACAAGCCCGCAGACAACACCUGCAGAAUCAGUUUCACAGCCAGCCGCUGAACCCGAACCUGCUCCCCUGGACGGGCAAUGA